UCAGAAUGUCUUCUGUCAGUGGACUUUGGUGAUUGUACAGAUUCCAAAACUAAAUAUUAUUAUAACAAAGAUAAAAACCACUGCGAAGCAUUCAGCUAUAGAGGAUGUGGUGGAAACGCUAAUAAAUUCGACUCGUUAACAGAAUGUGAAUCAACAUGU